GUCGUCACAAUUCUCGAUCUAAAACAAAGUAACAAAUCCAGUCCGAGACGAUGAGCUGCUUAGGGUUAGGUUGCAGCGAACUAGCCAAAAAAUAGAAUCUUGAUGUUCUGAUGCGACGGCCUAGUUACGGGAACAAGAAGGCCGCUCGUGGAGAACUAGUACUGGCAUAUAGUCUUUAUUCUGUUUUUUAUUUCGUUUUCCUGAACUUUGACUUUCCAACCACAGAAGUGAAGAAAGAGGAUUUUUUCACACGAAAAUGGAAUACGAUUUUACGGAGACGCGUGAGAAGGUCCUGCAGUCCAAGCAGGCGGUUGUGGAUGAGAGAGUCGCUGAAAUUCGAUUUCUUUGUCGCCGAUGGGAGGCUGUAAUUCGUGGCUUUUACGAGAACCUAGCUUCAGGGACGGGCAACAUGGCGGAAGAAGGCUGGGGGGACAAAGCUUACUGCAGAUCGGCCCUCAGGGAGGAUCGCAGGGAGCGUCUAAGCGAAUUCUUCUCAUCGUACAACGAGAAGGAUCCACUUACAAACAAGACCCGCGUACCAGAGGAGGGAUCCGUGGAACAGUUCUUUGUCGAUGAAAUAUGUGCGGCUGCGAAGUGCCGCCCCUGUAAAGGUCUAGGGAACAGAGUUGACGAAAUUCUUUUUGCCUCCGAAAGCGAUAUCCACACAGAUGAUGAAGGUGGAGGAGGCGUGCUGCCGCUGCGCGCGUUAGAAGGCCCGGGCGCGGCGACGUACCCAAUAGCCACUGACUUUAGCGUAACUACGAGCUCUUUGCUUGACUUUGUCACGGAUUCAGACAUGCGGGGAAUGAAGGACUUGCGGCGGCAGCUCCGUGCGGCAAUUACGGAAAAGGACCGCGCAGAGAAGAACAUCGAAGAAAUAGAAAACGGCGACUUCGAGGGCGCGGUCUGCAUGAGCAGUUCCAAAGAGGAAAACUUUCCUGUCCUUGUCAUGCUCAGCUGUUGUCACGUGUUCUGCUUCGACUGCGCGAGCAAGGUCAUAAAUAGCGGUCCCGUCGGUGUGGCUCAGGCAGACGAUGAGCAGGAGAGUGUUACCAGAUGGAAAUGCCCAACUUGUAGGAAAGACAUCGACGAGGAAUCUACUGCGCGCAUUCCGGCUAUGCUCUUCGCUGGAAAGCGGCGGAAAAUGGCGGUCGCAAAGGAACGACAAGAUUUAGAUCAUUAAAACACCAGUCUUGUCAACAGCAGCUGCAGCACCAAAAUGCAGUGCUGUGACCGCCAGUGCUACUGCCGCAUUUUGUUUUUUCAUCAGCAUGAGCAGUAACUUGCCUCGUCACACCGAAAAUACAAAAUAAAAAUAUCCGUUGAGGAUUGAUAUGACUGCAACCGAAACCUAAAAUGGCAAUGUGUUGCAGCGCAUCUCGUUGCUCUUGCAGCUCUUGCACUACCUUUUUUUUGAUUCUUUGGCAUUGCCAUUGUGGCAGCGCGUCGGUUGAUUGUCGUGAUCUGGUAACCAAAGCGUGAAU